AUGUAUUCUAAAUUUUCUGACAUUUAUUCCAAUUUUACUUGGAGAUGGCCAGUCGCGUGGAGAGAUAGUUUUCCUGUUCUUAUCCAGCUUGAUCAGUUGACUUUUGAUCCGAAUAAGGAAGAUAAGCUUUUGUGGCGCACAGGGGAUCCGUUCCGAGAUUUUUCGUCGGCUUGUGCUUGGGAUUCAAUUAGGCACCGUGAGAUGGACGUUGAGUGGUGUCCUAUUGUUUGGUUCGCGCAGUGCAUUCCGCGUCAUGCUUUCUUAAUGUGGCUAAUCAUGAGACGAAAGUUGCUUACUCAGGAUAAGAUUUUGAAGUGGGAUUUCUCGCGUCGGAAGAAUAUGAACAUGAUGUGCUGUCUGCUAUGUUAUGCCGAUCAUGACUCUCAUAAUCAUCUGUUUUUCGAGUGUAAAUUCUCUACUCAAGUUUGGCAGAUGGUUAGGCAUAAAGUGGGAAUGGAUUCAGUCCAAGCAAAGUGGGUGGAUAUUGUUGACUGGCUUUUAGUGCGUUCCAAAUCCAAAUCAGUAGUUAACUACGUUGCUAGAGUAUUAGUAGCGGCCAAUGCUUAUUUGAUUUGGCAGGAACGCAAUGCGAGACUUUUCAAGAACCAACUGAGGCCUCCAGAGACUAUAAGUACACUUAUUCUCCAACAGGUCCGAUACAAAUUAAUGGGUGCGAAGCUAAAGGAUUGUGCUAAUGUGAGAAGGCUUCUAGGAGACUGGGAGAUUUAUGGCACUGAACUCAAGGAUGGUGAUGGCUGA